AAAAUAAUUUUAUAUUUAUAAUUUAAAAAUUUUGAGAUUAAUUUCGCAAUAACCGCGGGAAACUGGAAAUUACUACUCCUUGUUAGUGGGGCAGUAGCAGUAGGUUUUUUUUAUCUUCUUGUAAACAGUUGUCAACUUCCUCGCAAUUUCCCCAACCAUCAAAUAUAUAAGACUACCCCAUCCCGCCUGCUCCCCAUUAUCUUUGUAGCUUUUCAUCCUUUUUUUUUUGUCCCUUUCCUUGGUUUUUCCUCCCUUUCAAUUUUAGUUCCCCAUCAAAUACCAAAACCAUCUUGAAGCCCAGAUAUCAAAACCCAACAAACAAAAAAUCCUAGAAAAAAAAAGAGGAUAAAUCAUGAGUUAUUACAAUCAGCAACCUCCUGUUGGUGUUCCCCCUGCCCAAGGUUAUCCACCGGAAGGAUAUGCCAAGGACGCAUACCCUCCGGCGGGGUACCCUCCACAAGGAUACCCACAGGGGUACCCUCCUCAGGGAUACCCUCCCCAAUACGCUCCCCAGUAUGCUGCUCCUCCUCCUCAACAGCAAUCUAGCGGUAGCUCCGGUUUCAUGGAAGGCUGUUUGGCUGCUCUGUGCUGUUGCUGCCUGCUGGAUGCUUGCUUCUGAUGGGAGAAGAAUUGGGUCGGAGCAAAUUUGGGAAGGGGGAUAAGAAACUUGGGGGGAAAAAAUUUUUCUUUGGGCAUAUAUUGUCAAUGGAUUUGAUUGGACAUAUGGAUGAUUAAUUUAGCUAUGCUCUAUUUUCAGUUGUGUGUUUUGUCCUUUUUUAUUUUGUGCCAGCAGCUUUACUUCAAAUUCAAGGUGGUUGUGAUUUGACCUGGUAUAUGCUUCUGAAUUUCUUCGUAGUUUAUUGCAAGUGGUUCAUCACUAGU